AUGAAUAUCAAAAAGCUCAAGGUCAAGCCGCGCAAAGAGUACUCGAAGGGCGUAUGCGGCCUCCAACUAGCUAGCAUGUUGGGCUGCUGGGCUACCUCGAACGAUAUACACUCAGUGGGGCCGUGCCAGGAUGCCGCAAAAGCGCUAUUUGAGUGCAUGAGGUCGACGCCAACAUUACGGAAGGGCCACGGCUCUACGAUAAACUACCACCUCAUGCGGCUCGGCAAGAAUCUCAAAUAG